AGAGUCAACAAUUGUUUAUGUUUAGAAUUGUUAAUUAUUGUCUUACUGAUUAACUUUGUCUCUUUUAAAUUUAAUUUUAAUUUUCAUUGUUCCUUACAUUUCAUUUAACCAUGCCUACAAUUAGAUUGAUUAGCUCGGAUGGUGAAGUUUUCCCUGUUGAUGUAGAAAUUGCCCAAGUCUCGGUCACCAUAAAGACCAUGUUAGAGGAUCUUGGCCUAGAUGAGGAGGAAGGAGAUGAUGAUAUGGUUCCUCUUCACAAUGUUAAUUCAACCAUCUUGAAAAAGAUUAUUACCUGGGCUACCCACCAUCACAAAGAUCUACCACCACCAGAGAACGAUGACUGUCGUGAUAAAAGAACCGAUGAUAUCAGUACUUGGGAUGCAGAUUUUCUAAAAGUCGACCAAGGAACUCUCUUUGAGCUCAUUCUUGCUGCUAAUUACUUGGAUAUCAAAGGUCUAUUGGAUGUAUCAUGUAAAACUGUGGCCAACAUGAUCAAGGGUAAAACUCCCGAGGAGAUCAGAAAGACGUUUAACAUUGUAAAUGAUUUCACCCCUGCUGAAGAAGAGCAGAUUCGUAAAGAAAAUGAUUGGUGUGAGGAACGAUAAGUCUCUAAUGAAAAAUCAUCUCAUGUAAUUCAAUUCAAUGAUUUAUUGACAAUUGUAUUCCCCUUCAAAAGUCACCAUUAUCAUUCUUUAUUAAAAUCAUCUAAUUUCGCUUUAUCCAUUUA